AUGGAAGGUGCACUGGCUGUUAAUUCAGUGAUGAUGGUGGUGACUGUAGCACUCUGUGGAGCUGUGCCCACCUCUUCACCCAGCCAAGAAGAGCUCACUAAAGCACAGGAUUAUCUGUCUCAGUUUUUCUCUGACAUGGGUGUCAGUGCUCCCAAUGGUACCUGGCGCAGCGCUCUGGAUUCCUUUGAGGACACUCUCAAGAAAAUGCAGGAGUUUUUUGGCCUGGAGGUGACGGGGCAGUUGGACUCCAACACCCUGCAAGUGAUGGCUCGCCCCCGCUGUGGCUUCACAGAUGUGCUUAAAUAUAGCCACUUCGAUGGUCGACCCAAAUGGGACAAGACAGUGGUCACAUACAGGAUAACUGACUACACACCAGACUUGAGCCAAAGUGAUGUGGAUGCCACCCUAGCUAAGGCUCUGAAACUCUACAGUGACGUCAUUCCUCUGGAUUUCAGGCAAAUCCACAGCGGCACUGCUGACAUCAUGAUCAUGUUCAAGGCUCAAGAACAUGGAGACUUCGCUCCAUUUGAUGGAGAGAAUGGGGUCCUGGCUCAUGCAUUCUCCCCUGCAGAAGGCAGAGGAGGUGACACCCAUUUUGAUGAAGAUGAAAACUGGACUCUAACCUCAACAGGAGCCAACCUGUUCUUGGUGGCAGCCCAUGAAUUUGGCCAUGCACUGGGAUUAGCACACUCUCAGGUCCAAACAGCUCUGAUGUUUCCCACCUACCAAUAUGUGAACACGGAGGGGUACACACUACCAGAUGAUGACAGACAGGGAGUGCAGGCUAUCUACGGAGUCAGAGAAACGUCAGUUCAGCCGACAAUAAAACCUGUGCCUCAACCAGCACCAGAACCAGAACCUGCCCCAGACAUGUGCAGCAGGAACCUGAUUUUUGAUGCCGUAACCUCCAUUGGCCGUAAUCUCUAUUUCUUUAAAGACGGACAUUUCUGGAGGAGGAGCAGCAGAUGGGGCGGCAUCGUCAUGAAGAAGAUUCAGUCUGUCUGGCCUGGGAUCAGCAAAGUUGAUGCUGCUUAUGAGUAUAAGAUACGCAACACUGUUGUUUUCUUUGAAGGGGAUCAUUACUGGGCGAUCAGUGGAAACACUGUACUACGUGGUUAUCCUAAACCUCUCAGCGACUUUGGCUUCUCUCAAUCUGUCACCAAGGUAGAUGCUGCCGUCCAUGUGUCAGUCACAGGCAGAACCCUUCUCUUUGUGAACAAUAGAUACUGGAGCUACAAUGAAAGGAGGGGGAGAAUGGAUGCUGGGUACCCAAAAUUCAUUCACAAAGAGCUCCCUGGGAUUGGCUUCAGGGUGGAUGCUGCUUUUGAGAGCAGAGGUUACCUGUACUUUUCAUAUGGAUCCGAACAAAAAGAGUACCACUACUUGAGAAGAAGAGUGCUUCGUACUCUGUUAAACUAUAGAUGGAUGGAUUGCAACUAAAGAAACAAAGACCCAAAUCUCUCUCUCUCUCACACACACACACACACACACACACCUUUGAGCAUGCAAUAAUAGCUAUGGUCUACUCCACAUCCUAAACAGCUUAUGGGGGCUUUUCUGUAGA